AUAAAGUCCCGCGAGACUGCCCCUCCACAUCGAAUGACCCUGUGAGUUAUAUCAUUAUGGUGAAUAGUUUAUACCACAGAGAGCUCUUUUUCCGCUCUCAAGUCUGCAAAAAAUGUUAGUUGCUUCGGAAACGCAGGAGAAGGCGGAUUGAUAUUCUCCAUCUACCAGAGAUUUAAUCUUGCAAAUUAGUGUUUUUUAUACUUUGGUUUACUCUGUGAUCUAAGUUACUUUUUUUCAUUUUAUUUAUACACAAGACAUUUAUAUAUUUCUUCUCAAAAGUUGUUAUUAAUGAGUCUCUUUAAGGAGAGGAAGAUAAUGUGAAAGAGAAAGUAAACAUAAAAUUUCCAGUGAAACAAACAAUUGGAAAAAUAUUACAAAAUAGACAAUAAAGUGAUCGUGGGGAAAAUCAUCAUACUUUCACAACUAAAUGUGGCAUGGUGCCAAAUUAAAUAACUCACGAGACUCGUAAUACUCUAAUUUUUUUUUCUUGUUUGCUUGUGAGAAUAACCCAAAUUCAGAAAUAGACAACUGUCCUACCGCAUUUCACUGAGGAUAGAAUUGCAGCGGAAAAGUGGAUAAAAUUAGAAGAAAUGCCAGCUGAUUCUAUCUCCAGGAUGGAUUCCUCAGGAUCCGAUGGGAACUGUAGUGACAACUUCAGCACAUCGCCCGGAGCAUCAUCGACUAUGUCAAGGGAGAGGACAGAUAGUGAAAGUUCCGACAAACAAGCACGCUUUGUGUUUGCAGGAAUACCAGGAAGUGCUCCAAAGGUACUGACAAUGAACGAAGUGAUGGAUUGCAUGAAGAACAUUCAGAAUAUGACGUUAGCACAUGAAAUUGCCAUCAAUCCAGAGUUCAAAUUGGAGCCAUUUGAGCCUCCGCAGAACAGCCUGGAACGUCGUGUUAAGGAUAUGGUGCAUAAGGCUUUCUGGAAUCUUCUGCGAGAGCAAUUGUCAAGUGAUCCUCCCUGCUAUGAUCAUGCUAUUCAGCUCUUGACAGACAUCAAGGACUAUUUUGAUCACAUUUUCAUUCACAACAACAAGCGCAUCCUACAGCGAAUUGCCGAGGUGCUGGACGCCAAUUUGAUUAGGCAGCAGGCUGAGCAGGGUGUUCUGGAUUUUAGGGCUUAUGCCAAUUUUGUGAUUGACAUCAUGGCAAAGUCUUGUGCACCUGUUCGAGAUGAACAGAUUGCCAAGUUGAGGGAAAUUGAGGAUGUGGUGGAAGUAUUCCGGGGCAUAAUGGAAGCUCUGACAGUGAUGCGUUUGGAUGUGGCUAAUUGCUUCCUGGAGUCAGCUCGUGCCGAGGUCAUUGCCAACAGUGUGGAAUAUGAGAAGCACAAAUUCAAGGAAUAUCUCAAACACUACACUGCUGGAUUCCCGGCUACUGAGAGUUGGCUGAAGAGGCACUUUGCUGCCGCUGCACCAUCUGAUGGUGAGACAGUAACAUCUCCAGUGAAAAGUACAGUUAUGAACGCGUAUUUAGAGCUAACUGACUGGAACAUUGAGAAUGAAUUUCCAGAAAUGCUAGCAAUGGACAAGGAUCGCAUAGAGACAUUGCAGAAACGCAUAAAUCGACUAAAUGCUUGCACAACGGUUUUAGCUCUGGCCUCAGGAGUUCCAUUAUUUGCCCAGAAUCCCAAUAUGAAGAGUGCAUUUGCGCGGGAAGUGGAGAUUCUGCUGCAGGAGGUGCAGAAUGAAGCUCAUCUGAAUGAUUUAAUGGAGAAUGUUUGGGUGCACAUGAAGGGGGUGAUUGAGAAGCAGCAAAAGGUUCAAUUUGACAAAGACAAUGAAGAUGCUCUCAAAAAUCAAAUUCUCCAGGCAGCCAAGAAGGAUUCUCUUGUGCGUAAAUUGAUCUGGAAGCGACUGACAACGUACUUGAGGAUGUGUCUGUACAGUAAAAGCCUCCCACCAACCCCACCGGGCUUCGAAGAGUUCGCAACAGAACUGGAAGCCAUCAGUAAUUCCUUUAAAUCUCUCAUAGCAUACAACUACGCCGUUUACGGGGAGUUCUACCAGGAGAUGAUAGCAAAAUUCACUGUAUAACUUCUUUAGAUGACUUCUAUCAAUGGCGCCUUUUGCGCCAAGUGAAAUAAAAUGUGUAUUUGUGUUUUAUUUUCUCGUGUGAAUUUAUGUAUUAAAAAUAUACCAAUAAAUUUAAUGGAAAUUAUUCUUCUACAAA